CCGAUUGAUGUGCUCUCUCUUUAACUGCUCGUCCUCAACACCUAAGCUCUUCUCGUGCGACUGUCCGAUGUCCGUGUAAUCGUGUUCUAUGGAGCGUCUGGAAGAGUGGUAGGAGUUGGCCUCCUUCCGUCUUCGACUUCAGACCGGGGCAUUCUAACGGCCAAAGGCAAGUCUCUCACGCAGUGCACUUGGCGAACGCACCAUCCAUUCAAUCUACUGUUUUAGUCUCGAGGAUCAAUAUAUCAACAUCGAGAGUACCCGCCUCAAGUUCGGCCACCAAACUAAGGGAUGUCGUCCACGCAUGUCUCGGAGCUCCUAACGGAGUUCCGAAGAACCUGGUGAUUUUUCACAAAGCACGAAUGCACUUCGCGAUGCAUAUAUAGCCAAAGGAAUUCACGAAACAGGCCCAAAAGAGCCGUAUACUAUCUACACCACAACCCAGAAAGCCCUCAUUGUUGCCGUCGUCUCCAUCGCGGCCACUCUAUCAGGGUUUGCCUCGAAUAUCUAUUUUCCCAGCCUUCCACAAAUAGCAAAGGACCUCUCUGUCACCACGAAUCUGGUCAAUCUGACGGUGAGUUGUUACAUGAUCUUCCAAGGCCUGUCACCAACCAUAUGGGGUGCCAUAUCUGACGCCGUCGGCCGACGUAUCACGUACUGCUGUACCCUGAUGAUAUUUCUUGGAGCAUGCAUAGGGUUGGCGGAAACAAGGAGUUUUGCUCAGCUGAUGGUUCUUCGCUGCGUCCAAAGUACCGGAAGUGCCAGCACUAUCGCACUCGGUGCAGGCGUGAUCGGAGAUCUCACUCAGCGAGAAGAGCGUGGAGGAUAUAUGGGAUUUUAUCAAGGCGGCGUCUUGAUGCCCGUGGCUAUUGGUCCAGUUAUUGGUGGAGUGCUUGCCGGCAAACUUGGCUGGAAGUCGGUCUUCUGGUUUCUGACCAUCUAUGGAGCAGCUUGCUUGAUCCUUAGCGUUCUACUACUACCCGAAACCUUGAGGUCAAUUGUUGGGAACGGGUCAUUGAGAUCGGAAGGCAUCUCACGAUCGAUAUUGGGCACCUAUCAAAGAAGAAGGUACUUAAGAGCAGAGCAGCAAAUACUGUCUCUUCAAGCGGGUCAUAAUCUGCGGAAGGCUAUCGACCUCUGGGCCCCAGUCAAGAUCCUGCUCGACCUCAAAACAUUCUCCGCCGUCGUGCUUGUCGCAGUACACUACACAGUCUGGCAGAGUGUUCUCACUGCCCUUUCAACAAUUGUCCGAGACCAGUAUCAGACAACCGAAACCCAGAUCGGCUUGACAUUUCUUGCCAAUGGCGUUGGAUCGAUUAUUGGGACACUAUUGGUCGGUAAGAUCCUCGAUUAUGACUAUCGCAAGAUGUUACGAAAGGUCGGUGGCGAUGACCAGCUCGUCCCCAUUGAGAAAGCCCGCUUGAGGACAGCUUGGGUUUGGAGUGGACUGGAAUGCGUAUCAGUCCUUGUGUUUGGCUGGACAGUCGAUAAAGCCGUCCACAUCUCGGUACCUGUCGUCAGUCUCUUUGUGCUCGGAUGGGCUGCUAUAUCUAUCCAAAGUGCUGUCUCAACAUAUCUGGUUGAUAUUCACCACAAUCAGAGCGCGUCAGCUACGGCUUCUCUCAAUCUUCUUCGUUGCUUGAUGGGCGCUGGAGGCACGGCUGUCGUUGGGCCUCUGAUCGCAAAAGUCCAGACAGGAUGGACUUUCACGUUGUUCACAGGUGUCAUGCUUUCAUUGAGUGCGCUCAUUCUUGUUCAGUUUUUACGUGGGCCAAGUUCGCGUCGAAGAUCGGAUGUCGGUGCGAAUGAAGCUCAACUCCGCGAAGACGGCGCUUGAUACCAGUCGUUUCUUAUGUAUCCGGUAGCAUAUUGAAUUUUAGAAGCAUGCAUGGCCAGAAGAUUAA